AAAUUAAGAGGAGAUUGAAAAUUAAAAUUAAUUGAAAACCGGAAACAAUGUUUUAGCAAACAUCAUAAAAUUAAGUAAACGGAAGCGUUUGUUAUACGCCGUCUGACCCUAUCAAAACAAAUAAUGUCAGGUAUCAGUCCAUAUUUACACUCACCAUUCCGAACACCAUUUGGGGAUGCACUUGCUCAACUUGGCAAUUGCCAACAUUAUUGGAGAUGUCGUGAACUUGAAUUAAAUGUUCUUGAUUGCACUGAUGUAUAUGGUCAUAAAGGAUUGACAAAACAAUGUAAAGAAGAAUUAGCUGACUAUUACGAAUGCCUUUUUGGAGAUAAAAGUUUGGCAAGAGUUGCUGCCAUGCGAAAAGAGCGUAUGCGCCAGUAUAUGGCUGGUGAAAGAUCGAAGAAAAAUUUGUACUUGGAAACUCCAAAAUUAGAUUCAUAUUAUAAAACUUAUACAAAAAACAUUGAUUGAGUAAUGGUUGUUUCACUGCCCUGGAUAGUAAAAAAUUAGAUUUCUGUAACAUCUUUCCCUAUAGAAUGUUGAUUCAAAAAUAUCUUCAAUAUUUCUUGAGUUAUAAUAAAUUUUUUAUAACACUA